AUGGAUUACGCUAGCCACAACCCCUACGGUGAUCGUCCACGAAGCUAUGAUGGUUACGAGAAUUACAUGCCUCCGUCUAGGCCGCCACCAGGCGCUAUGAUGAAUGCCCCUACAGGAGUAAAUCACAGCGGCUGGGCACCUCCUCAAUACCAAAGCCAGCAUCUCAACCCGUGGCAGCAAGGACAAUCACAAGCACCUCAGAGGCCGCAGUCAAUGUCUUCAUACUCCAACAAUCCGAACCAGAACCAAUAUCAACACCGCCCGCCCAGUAACCAGCAGGGAUAUGGUCAUCCUCCUCCUCCUCCGGGCCCACCACCCAGCACUGCCGGACAAUACCAGUCGAUCCCGUUCCACCGCCCACAAAUAGGCUUUACGGCCCUCCCACACAGGUUUCACAUCUGGAACUUCAUGAAGGGCAGCACGAGCUACCUCCAAGUCGGCGCCGAGCUCUUUGGCCCUGUCGCAUACUCGUGCAAGCUUCGCGGAUCCGCCAAGCUGGAGGUCACGGCCGGCUCAGCCGAGCAGCCCGUCAUCGCCUCUGCCAAUUCGAAGAGCACUUUCAGCUCGAAAAGCUGGUUGAUGUUUGAGAACCACAAGGUCCUCCUUAUUCCAGAAAACAACUACAAGACUUACUAUCUCGAUGUCCCCGUCCCCGGCAAUCGAUUGGAGAAGUGUGAAUGGCGGAAGAUGGGCUCAUCGGGGCUACUAGGGAAGCUUCUCGGAGCCGGAAGCGGUGCAGCUCCCCAGCCCAGAGGUUGGGAGCUGGUGACUGCCGGCGCACCCGCGGGAACCGCGGCUGCCGAACCGCUAGUCAGGAUGGUUUAUCAGGGAGGGUCGAUGAUGGAGAAGAACUCACACCUCUACACGUUUGAGUGGCAGGGGCGAGCGCUGAGGGGCGGUAUGGGUGAUGUCUUCACGGCGGUUGUUAUCGUAAGCGCCCUGCAGAUCAUGCAUACAGAGUACAUCACUAAGAUUGCGAAGAGCGUGGGUGCAGCAGCAGGAUGA